CCCCUGUCCGUGUCUGCACGCCCCUCGCCCCCGUUCCCAUACCCUCGCGCCCUCGCCCCCUUUUGGCCCUCCUGCUCGCGCCCCCUCUCGCUCGCUCGCUCGCUCGCUCGCUCUUGCCCGACUCUCGCCACGAUGGACCUGCCGGUCUCGAACGCGCUGUCAGCCGUCCUAUCGCAGCCCGGGAACGACGGUGUCCUGGUGUCCGGCCCGGAUGGCUUCUGCAUCCAUGCUGCCGGCAAGCUUGCGCCCGAGCAGAGCCCCUUCUUCUCGGCGGCCAUCGACCACUCGCGCCGGCUGGCGGCGAUUUUCAACCGCACCGCCGGGGCCGGCGCCCCGUCCGCUCCCUCGGCGGUGCCUGUCACCUUGGUCGUGGAGAGCGACUCUGGGAGGACCAUGGUCCGCCAGCUGUCCCCGCAGUCGGGCUUUACGUUGGCGCUUCUGCGCAGCCGCAGCCCGCAGCACCACCACACGGCGCACGUCGUCCCCGACGCGCAGGCCGCCUCCGUGGAGUCAUCUUCCCCGGAUACCGGCGAGUCUGCUUGAGUGCUGGAGGGUGUCCUGCGGCCAGAGGUCGGGCGACCCCGGCGCACGGCUCCCUCCCUCUGGGCGCUCUCGGCCUCCCCCUCCUAAUGCCUCCCCGCCUGUUGGCCGGCGGAUGAAAAGUGAAAAUAAAAAUAAAGACACACGAAAGAAGGCCCGGCAUCCGGCUUUCCCUCCCCGAUGGUC